CAUCUUUUCCAUCUCUUCAAGUUGUUGUAGCUCCCCAUUGAUCAUCACCAUGAUGAACUCACAGCCAACUCCCCUGCUCUGCAUCACCACUCUGUUUCUACUUCUCCUCACUACCAGCACCACUUCCUCUGCCGACCCUGAACCUCUACAGGACUUCUGCGUGGCGGAUCUGCAAUCCACCACAACCAUCAACGGCUUCCCUUGCAAGCCCGCAUCACAGGUAACCUCCGACGACUUCUUCUUCUCCGGGUUCACGAACGAGGCGAACACGUCGUCCAACGACUUCGGCUCGUUCGUGACCCCGGGCAACGUCGAGGCCUUCCCAGGGCUCAACACCCUGGGGAUCUCGAUGAACCGGGUCGACAUCGCGCCCGGCGGAAUCAACCCGCCCCACCACCACCCGCGGGCCAGCGAGGCCGGGGUGGUGGUCCAGGGGCAGGUCCUGGUCGGGUUCGUGACCACGGCCGGGGUGUACCACUCGAGGGUUCUGGCUGCGAGCGAGAUGUUUGUGAUUCCCAGAGGUUUGGUUCAUUUUCAGCUGAAUGUUGGGAUCGAGAAGGCGAUUUUGAUCACGUCGUUCAAUAGCCAGCUGCCUGGUUCUGUGGUUGCUCCCUUGGCUCUGUUUGCUGCUGAGCCUUCUGUGCCUGACAGAGUGCUGGCCAGGUCAUUCCUUGUUGGGGAGGAUGUUGUGAGAAGCAUCAAGGCUAAGUUCAGGUGAUCAACUGUGUGUGUUCUGAAACGGCAUCUGGCGCGGAUUGGUGUAAGAAUGUGUUUAUACGGUUGUAUCGUUUUAAUAUCCACGAUUGUUGGGUACUCGUUGAUGAGUAUAUACAUAUUAUUACUAUUAUUAGUUAUUGUCGUAUGUUUUGGGGGAUUCGGCUACCCUAGCCAACUAGGGAAACUAAUUAGUAUUAUCAUAGGUUUAGGGAUAAUUAUAGUAAUGUUAAUGUUGGGUUAGGAUUCGUAGGGGUUUGGGUGGAGUGGCGGCCAAGCUAGUGGCCGAAUAGGGCUAGGUUCGUAUUAGGUUUUCUCGUACUUUCUUAUAAAUAUGUACUUUGUGG